ACCUGCAGGUGGGCGCCGGGAGCAUGUGCAGAGACUGAAACAUCUGUCCAGAGAUUGCCAGCGAGCUGAGAAAAACACCUGAUCCCAAAAAAACACUGUUACAGCCGGUAGCGCUUUGUAGCAAUUUAACAUUUCUAGCAGUUUUAGUGACUUUAGAUUGAGAAGAGGACCUCUGCUUUUGCGAGAAUGCAUUCUGCUGCGAUUUUAGCGGGAGUCUUUCUGUCGCUUCUCCAUCAAGUGUGCGCGACGGAGGACCUCAUCAGCCAGUAUGGAGAGACCAUUCGCAUCCCAUGCAAUCCUAAAGCCUCUGGCACCGGGGAACCCUUUCUUAUCAAGUGGAAAUACGAGGAUAAGGUGGGUGGCACAUCGGGUGAUCUGCUGGUGAAGCAGAAGGGAAACAACGCCACCAUCACUGCCUCUGAUGAUUUAAAAGACCGCGUGUCCAUCGGCGAGGACGACAGCCUCCUCAUCGCUAGCGCGGUCCUCUCCGACCAGAAGACCUACACCUGCAUGAUGGUGAUGCCGACAGACAUCUCCGAGCACAGCGUGCAAGUGCUCGUCCACAAAUCCCCCGAGGCGGUGGAGCUCACGAACAACCCGGCUGCCGUGGAAACGGGCAAACUGACCACGAUUGGAAAAUGCAGUGCUGGAGAUGCCAAUCCUGCAGCCAAGCUCACGUGGUUCAGGAACGAAGAGCCUCUGGAGCAAGAUGGCACAGACAUUGUGAUCACGGUAUCAGAGACCGUAGACCCAGCGACUGGGCUGACCAGCAGCGUGUCCGAGCUGCAGUACUCUGUGGGGAAGGAGGACAUGGGGGCGCUGUUUUCCUGUGGGGUGCAGGACUCUGCCCUCAGAUCCAAAGCUGUAGACUUCACCAUCAACUACCCCACGGAGAAGGUCGUCCUGGAGGUCGUGACCCCUGGGCUCUUGCUGGAGGGUGCUGACGUCACGCUGAGGUGCCGUGCCGACGGAAACCCCCCUCCUAUCAGCUACAUCUUCUACCUGCAGGGAGAGGAAGUGACUGUGGAGGACAAGGACUCGUACACGCUGGAGGAGGCCACGCGGGACGCGUCGGGAGAGUACAAGUGCUCCCCCAGCGGCAACCCCAGCCUGCUCGCCUCCCACAACAUCACCAUCCACUAUCUGGAUGUGACUUUGAGCCCAUCUGGGAAUCUUGUAAAGGCUGCGGGGGAGACUGUGCCCAUCACCCUGGAGAAAGACGCCUCUGGCAAGGUCACUGUGGCCUGGACAAAGAACAAUGCCAGUCUGACGGCAGAGCCCCAGUUUGCGCAGCUGAAGUACUCUGACUCUGGGCUGUACGAGUGCAAGGUGUCCAUGGGAGAGCUCGUGUCCACACACUCCUUCGAGCUGCUGGUCAAAGGAGCACCUGUGAUCACCAGCCUGAGGGAGGAGCUGAGCGCUGACGGAGCCCAUAAGGUUCUGAGCUGCGAGGCUGAGGGCUUCCCCAAACCCACCGUGGAGUGGAGCGGCAUCAACGGCACCAACGUGGAGGAAAGUGACUAUGUUGACGGCAAGGUGAUACAUCAACUGACUGUAGUGCCGAGAGCUAACCUGACAGUCACCUGUAUCGUUAUGAACGACCUGGGGACGGACAGCAAGACCACUGAGGUGUCGUCCUUAUCAGUGGUCAGUCACAAUGAUGACACAGAGAUGAAAAGAAUGGACAAACAAGACCAGACGGAGGAGUCUGGUGACCAGGCCAAGCUGGCCGUAGGGAUCGUCGUUGGCCUCAUCCUCGCCACGCUGGCCGUGGGCCUGGGCUACUGGUUUUACAUCAAGAAGUCAAAACAAGGCAGCUGGAAGACGGGGGAGAAGGAGACUGGCGACACGGAGGAGAGCAAGAAGCUGGAGGAGGCUCCCCAGAAGGCCGAGGUGUAGACGGAGCGACCAUGUGCACACGCAGACACUGAAUGUGAAUCGGAGUUGCGGAGUUGUGACUGCGUGUCUGAUGUUGCCACGUGUUCUGUAGUUAGUUGUGAAAGCCACUCUGUUCUGGCAGAGGCCCAUGUACCCUCCCUUCCUCCAUCUCCCCUUCGCCCGUCCUGUAGAUGCCCUCAAAUAUGCCCCAAAUACCCAACAUCACCCCCCCCCUCCAUCCCCCAUCCUUGAAUCUGCCCCUGAAGUUCACAAGUGGUUUUGUUUUCCUUCACUUUAAGGACCAAGUAAAUUAAAAUAAAUAAGAAAAAAUAAUUAAUUAAUAAAUAACAUGGUAAAAUAAGUUAAUUCUGUGUUAGCUUUUGGUCUGCUGAUUAGCUAGGUUAUGUUCCUGUAGCUCCUAGCCCCUGUGCUCAUUACAUCGGGGGCUGAUGAUAGUCCCUUACACCGAACAGAUGUCUCAGAUCACCACUUGUGCUGAUGGAAAAUGUAAAAUAUGUUUAGAGCUUGCUUAAAAAAUCUCACCUGAUGUCAAAGAGAGAUGUGAUUUAGCAGUUUUUGUUUUUGUUUGUGAUUGUGAAGCCUCACUCUUACUGGCUGAUGGGGUAAGAGAGCUAAGCAGGAGGGGGUGAGAGAACACUGCCUUGAGGGCAAGGCCAGGGGGCAGCAGGCUCCAGAGCCCUACCGAUCCACUUUUAAUUUGAUCCCGAUCCACACCUGUUCUGGAGUGGAUGCGGUUUUGAUCUGGUCUGUAACUGGUCCGACCUGCUCUAAUAUAGUCCUAGUCUGGAGGGGAUCUACUGAUCUGACCCACUCUAAUAUAGUCCUAGUCUGGAGGGGAUCUACUGAUCUGACCCACUCUAAUCUAGUCCUAGUUUGGAAGGGAUCUACUGAUCUGACCCACUCUAAUCUAGUCCUAUGAUGGAGGGGAUCUGGUCCAACCUGCUCUGCAAUCAUCUGCUCUCUGACAAACCUGUGGAGGUUCUCUCCCCCUACCUGCUGAUCUUCGGUGUGUGUUACUUUAGUUGCUGUAGGUGAGGGUCCAUCACAGAUACACACACACACACACACACACCAGAUAGAGUAGAAUUGGCCUUACAGAAGGUGCCAUUAGCGAAGAGAAAUGUAUGAUGAAGCCUAUCAGCGUGGGAUGUUACAUGGUGUCUCUCUAGCAUUUUUGUUUUAGUGUCAUUUUUGUGUUUGUUUAUUUGUUUCCAAUGCUGCACUGUGUAUAUGUAUCAGACUGUGGUUAUCUCUCUGGGAAGUCACGGCAGUGUGUGCAGAGUUGUCAUCAUCAUCAUCAUCAUGUGUGUUUAAAUGGCCUCCAGCCCAGAGCUUGGCUAUCUCUGGCCCACACUCGGCUCACCUCUGGCACAGAGUCAGCUGUGCUCUGGGGCGGGGGCAGGGGGAGGGGGGGUCCAGCUUGUCUGCGACAAUGAGAAGUCCAGCACGCCUCAUCAUUUUCAUGAUCACUUAGGAGCGUUUCCUUACGUGUAAAUACAGCAGACACUUUUCUAUGUUUUUCUCUGUUUUUUUUGUGCUCUAUUUAUAUUGUUCAGGUUAAACGCUGUUUGUGUGAGGCAGGUUUUUGUUAGCUAGGAUCAUUAAUCAAUCAGUUGUCUCUGAAACACGAUACCUCCACAAACAUUCAGAAGUACAGGACAACUGAAGGUUCUUACUUGCAGGCAUGCAGAGCAUGGGACGUUAAAUUUGCUAGGUUUCGUGUCCCACACCUUAGUUGCAGAAUCCACUGAUGGAAAAAAACAUGUUCUACUUCAUCAACUCAUUUCCUGUUGUAGCUUUACCUAUUUGCAUUGAAAAACAGAUUGGCAGAAAAACCAAAGACAGUGAAUGAGUCCAUGCAAGUACUGUAAAUACUGACUAUUGUUUUUGUACUUUUGUUUAAAAUAAAGUGUACAUUUCGAGGAAAAAAUGCUCCAUA